AUGAAUGCGAAUAAAUUGGAUGCAUCAACUGGGCUUACGUGCAUUUCAUGUCGUGUUGUGUUUGCAAAUGGUGAAAUUCAGCGAGAUCAUUACAGAAGUGAAUGGCAUCGUUACAAUAUCAAACGAAGGGUGGCUGAUUUACCGCCAAUAACUGCACAUCAAUUCGAACAAAAAGUCCUGUCAUUCAAGGAUAAGGUAACAACAAUACUUCAGAAGAAUGCGGAAAAAGAAGAACUGGGCACCAGAUCGUCAUUUUGUGAAUUGUGCAACAAACAAUUUCAAUCGACGAAUGCCUUUGAGAAUCAUUUAAAUUCGAAGCGACACAAAGAGAAUCAAACUAAAGGAUCAUCCAUAUCACAACAACAACGCAAAUCAUCAAAUGAUAAGACAGAACCCCAACACACCAUUUCAAAUUCGUCUUCAUCACCGAGUCAGCAGAAAUCGAUAGUUUCACAAGAAGUGCUGGAUGCGGAAUCGAAAAUCGAUAGAGAAAUGAACGGCUCUGAAUCUGAAGAAGAUGUGGAUGGUUCCGACAGUGAAGGAUGGGUAACAGACCAUGGAACUGAAGAUGAGGAUGAUGUUGAAUUUGAUGAGUCAAAAGCAAUCCCCACAACGUGUUGUUUGUUUUGUUCUCAUCAGUCGAACACGAUGGAACGUAAUCUCGAACAUAUGGGCGUUUCGCAUGGUUUCUUUUUGCCUGAUGCUGAAUACUGCAUCGAUAUUCAGGGAAUGCUGCAUUACCUUGGUCUAAAGGUUGGUAGUGGUAAUAUAUGUUUGUUGUGUAAUGAGAAAGGUAAACGGUUCCGAUCAAUGGAUGCAUGUCAGAAACAUAUGCGAGAUAAGGCGCAUUGUCGAGUCGCUCAUGAAGGGAUGGCUAUGCUUGAAUUUGAGGAAUUCUAUGAUUACAGUUCAAUGUAUCCAGAGGGUACAGAAGAGGGUGGUGAACCAAACGAUAUUUUGAUCGAAGAUGGUUACUCAUUAAUUUUACCAUCAGGCGCUCGAUUGGGUCAUCGUUCUUUGAUGCGAUACUAUCGUCAGCAUUUGAAACCGUUGAAUGGACAAGGUGAAACUGGGAAUAGAAAGUUAACAAAUCGGGAAGCGAUCAAUAAACUGAUCGGACAGUACAAAGCGAUUGGUUGGACGGGUACCACAGGUACAUUGGCUGUUCAACGAGCGAAAGAUAUUCGCUUCAUGCGACGUCUUAACGCACAGAAAUGGCUCAAAGUUGGCAUGAAUUCGAAUAAAUUAUUCGUAUCGAAAGGUCGAAGUGAUCAGUGGUAG